AUGUGUGCACAUCUAACAACUGGACAGGGGUCUCCCGGUACUGAGAUCUCGGUUGGAGUUAAAGGAUCGUUGGAAAUAAAUGAGGCAUUUUGGCUAAUUUUAGGAUUUGGAGUGUUUGCCUCUUUACUGGCAUUUGGAUUUAGUGCGAUCAGGAAGCACAUUUACAAAGACAAGAAUUCUUUGGAUGUGGCGUUUGAUGCCGGCGGGAACGUAAAUGCGGGACUGACUGCCACCACUCUAGUGUCUCAGUGGACAUGGGCGGCCACCCUGUUGCAGUCCGCCACAGUAGGAAGCAAGUACGGAAUAAGCGGUCCAUUUUGGUACGCGGCGGGAGCUUCUGUUCAGAUGUUACUGUUUUCUAUGGUGUCUGUGCAGCUCAAAAUUCGCGCACCUGGCGCCAAAACCUUCCUGCAGGUGAUCAGAGCCAGGUUUGGAUCAAGGACACACAAGAUAUACUGCGUUUUUGCCCUCAUGACAAAUGUCGUUGUAACAGCUAUGUUGAUGCUUGGGGGCGCUGCAGUGCUGAAGAGCCUCGUUCACGAUAUAAGUGUGGAAUAUGCAACCCUUCUUGUGACGGCAGUUAUCGGGACGUAUACAUUCAUAGGUGGUCUAGGGGCCACGUUUUACGUCUCUUACUUCAACACUGGAAUUAUAUAUGUCCUUAUGAUGGUCUUCGUCAUGAACAUAUUCAACAACGACAGAAGUACAGGCUCACUGGGUACAAUUGAAAAGAUCUUCGACUUAGUGUCUUGUAGCAAAGGACCUGACGAUAAUUUAGAAAACAGCUUUCUUACUAUACAGUCAAAGCAAGGAUUGAUGUUUGGAAUAAUCAAUAUCGUAGGAAAUUUUGGCACUGUUUUCGUAGACCAAGCCUAUUGGCAGAGUAGUGUUGCCGCCAAACCGAAGCAGGGUGUGACUGGAUUUUUACUAGGUGGUGUUUGUUGGUUUGCCAUUCCAUUUGGUCUCGCUACAACUACGUCAUUGGCGUACAUAGCACUUAGUGCUCACCAGAAUCAAGCUCUCCUAAGUGAUGCGGACAUUGAUGCAGGUCUUGUCCCAGCAGUUGUAGCACAGAAAUUGUUGGGGCGUACAGGAGAAUUCCUCAUUACAAUCAUGAUAUUGAUGGCUGUGACAUCGACAGGAUCCUCAGAAGUCAUGGCCGUGUCCUCCAUUUUGGUUUACGAUGUUUACCAAAUUUACUUAAAGCCCUACAGACUGGUCACUGAUGCCAAUAGCUGCAUAUUGUGCGGACGUAGUCGGGGACGCUUAGCCAACCCACGUGAUAAAUGUAAAUGUGAAAGUAUGACGUUCUGCACCGCCUGUUCAGAAGACGAUAAAGAACGGGAUUUGUGCAAAAAGGCCAUCAAACCCAAAUACCGGUGCAGCACACAUGGUUUGUUUCGGGAGUAUAGCGACUAUCUGAGUCAGCUGAAGAAUUGGUGUCUACUGUGGAGCAUACUGGGAAUCCUCCCCCUCACUAUAUUACUCAAUCUGCUCGGAUUGAGUCUAGGAUGGGUUUAUCUUUUCAUGGGAAUUCUAAUUGGUUCUGCUGUUAUUCCAAUUACCCUCUGUAUGUGCUGGGAAAGACUGACCGGAAGUGGAAUGGUCGCUGGCGCAGUCACAGGGACGACUUUGGCGUUAAUCACUUGGUUAUCCGUUGCUGCUACUAAUAAAGGUGGCCUAAAUUCGGAGAAAUUUUUCGAAAAUACGGGUAAGGAAAACGCCAUGUUGGCAGGAAACUUGGUUGGCAUUUUGUCAAGUGGUAUCAUUACACCGAUCGUCAGCAUUUUGACGUCACAAGAUGGAUUUCAAGUCGCAGAUAACGUCUGGGAAAACACCCGAGAUAUUGACAACCCCCUCAGCCCUUGGACGGAACGUUAUGCUAAGGUACUGAAGUUGAAUGCGGCUCAUCAAUUGGACAACAGACCAUCAUAUGAAGAAAUGUAUAAUUCAUUAAAGUCAGCCCGGCUAUUGGCUAAUGGAGCAUCUACAAUUCUCACAGUACUUCUGAUCUUUGUGUGGCCCAGCCUUAUGCUUCUAGAAGGUGUUUUUGACUUGGCAGCUUUCAAAAGAUGGAUAUAUAUGGCAAUGAGUUGGUCUAUGUGUGCCACAAUAUUCAUCAUUAUAGCUCCCAUUAUAUACGAAGGAAUCGAUUUAAAGAACGCUAUAAAGGAAAUGAAAACUGUGUACCCUUCAAAUGAGCGUACUUUGAAUGGUUCGAAAGAAAAUUGCAAAGGAAGACUUAGUACAGGUGAAAAAAACGGAAGACAUAGUUCAGGGGAAAAAACAAAAAACAUUAAAGUUGGCUCACCGAUGAAAGAUAAUUUUGCAGACCCAAUGUUUAUAAAUCAAAGUAGAGUGUCAGAGGAAGUAUAGGAGCAUGUCAGAGGAAGUAAUGGGGCGUGUCAGAGGAAGUAUAGCGGCGUGUCAGAUGCACUAUUGGGAUCUUGAGGAGAGAAAAUCAGGACACUGCAUUAUACAAGUAGAAAGUCUAUACAGCCGUUCUAGUCCCGAUCAAAUUCUUUUUGUCUUCUAUCUGCUGUUGUUAUACAUUCAGACUUCUCAAGAAGCAGAUGACCACUUUCAUCAAGAUAAGGUACCCCAAGUGGGAACGCCGCAUUCCAAGAGGAAAUUAUAACACAGAAAAAAUAAAACAAAGUUAAUUUUAAAAAGAAUGUCAAAAAAUCAUAGAGUCAUAAAUGACAAAGCUUGUGUCUAUACUAGGAAGGAACCAGAAUGGAGGUUUAGAAGAAUAUGUAAAAUGUAAAUGUUCAAAGGGCACUACAAAAUCAAAUUCAGAUGAAAUUCCGUAUACAUUGGAAAUAAAAGACUGCUACAACUGGUCAGCUCAUAUUCGUAUCCCAAAUUUCACAUGCGUGAAAACUUUGCGGGGUUUAUUUUCAGCAACAAGAAGGCAUUAUGAUUUUUUGAAAGAACAUACAAGCAGAUAUAUCUACUAUACUCUCAAAUAUUUGAUCCGAAGAUUUCAGUAGAAAUCCACAUCUUUGAGACUCUUUACCAAUGGGAACAAAGCAGUCAUACUGCUGUGGCAUCCGACUUAGAUGUGCGGUGUAAGCUAUGGACCUUCUCUAAAUACUGUUAAACGUAUCUGUGACUA